AACAGCCCAGCCCAGCUCAGACCUGAAUAAAAUGGUUUUUCUUUUUCUUUUUCUUUUCGGUGUCUCGCUUCUCUUGCAAUCGAAAACCUAGCAGCCGCUGAGCUCUAUCUACUCAACUUCACCAUGGACCGGAGGCUCAAGAAAUGCUCGACAUCCACCGAUGUUGAAUCAGUUCAUGAUGUUAGUAAGGUCACGGAUCCUUUGCAGAAAGCUAAGAGAGAGUUGGAUAAUGUGGAAAUCAAAGAAAAACAGAAGAAGCAGAAGAACCAAAAUGAAACAUCUGAGAAGGAAACUAAAAAAUUCAGCACCGUUUACGAAAAGUUUAAUGAUACUAUUAAAGAACUAGACAGGGUUUCUGGAACAUGUCCCAUACGACCUGCCAUUCCAUUCACGCCCCCAAAGGAAAAGGUGGAACCGAUAUAUCACAAUGAGUGCAAUUUCGAUGAUAAAGCUCAUCUGGGAGUAUCUGACAGCGCCCUUUUUGUACAAGGAUUUGAUACUUCCCAUCCAAGGCAUGAAAUCAAGACAGCAUUGUGGAAUCAUUUCUCUUCAUGUGGUAAGGUCUAUCUGAUUUAUGUUCCCAUUGCGUGUUCUACCGGUGCUUCGGUGGGAUAUGCUUUCAUUGAUAUGAAAAAUGAAACCAAGGGGUUGACACUCAAUGGAAGUCAUUUGGGAGGACGGAAGAUCGAUGUUAUGUUCGCCAUAGAUAGAGAAGAGUUUUACUUCUCUUCUAACUUAAAACACUGUCAACGCUGCCGUAAUUAUAGGCCAUGGCUUGUUUUAAAAGCCAUGUCAGAUGCCUGCUUUGAAUAUCACCAGAGGAUUAAACCGCGGAUCGUUGGCACUCCCCAUAGCAAGAUUGGUCGUUUUACAGCCAUUAUUGGUCGUCGCUCUUACAGCUAGUAUUUGGUCCUUUUUACCGUUGCUGCUACCUUGUUACUCCACCAGCUACAUGAUUUUAGGUCUAAGUAGAGUUGUGUCUUUAUGAUUUUAGGAGUUUUAAAGUCUUUUUCUUACAUGACUGGCGUGAUUAGCAAGCAUGUUCUCUAUUGGUGAUUGAUCUCAAACGUAAAGAAAAUAGUAACCGAAUACUCAAUUUAUAUCUGUUUGACUUUAAUGACAUCCGUAUUUUCAAAACUGUGUUAGUUUGAUGCAAUUAACUGUCAGUGAAAUCGAGAAGUUUAUUUAUUCUUAAAUGAGAAGAUAGGUCAUGAAG